AAUAAUUCAUAGUUAAUGCCAAAUUCUCACUAUAUAAAUAAACAAUUCUAAGCCUAGUGUUUGCAACUGCAAAAGCUAGCCUUCUACUUUAGUUUUCCCUUACCAUUCAAUCCUUGAAGGUAUCUUCAAUUUAUUCUUGUAUUGCAUCCUUGUUACUCAUCAAUAUAUGGCAGACGAGGUAGUUCUACUAAAUUUCUGGUGCAGUCCUUUUGGUUUGAGGGUAAGGAUUUCACUUGCCGAAAAGGGUAUUAAGUAUGAGUACAAAGAAGAGGACUUGAUGGGGAACAAGAAAAGUCCUCUAUUGCUAGAAAUGAACCCGGUUCAUAAGAAGGUUCCGGUUCUCAUCCACAAUGGAAAACCUAUUUGUGAGUCUCUUAUUAUCGUUCAAUAUAUUGAUGAAGUGUGGAGUGAUAGAUCUCCUUUGUUGCCUUCUGAUCCUUGUCAAAGAGCUCAGGCUAGAUUUUGGGCUGACUAUGUUGACAGAAAGAUUGAUGAUUCUCAAAGCAAGUUACUUUUGGCGACAAAAGAGGAACAAGAAGCUGCCAAGAAGUCCUUCUUGGAUGUCCUUAAAUUGUUGGAGGAAGAACUUGGUCAUAAGGCUUAUUUUGGAGGAGACAAGUUUGAUUUUUCAGACAUAGCAUUUGUUCCAUACUACUGUUUUUUUAAAACCUAUGAAAUCCUUGGAAAAUUCAAAAUGGAAGAAGAGUGUCCCAGGAUUAUUGCUUGGGCCAAGAAGUGCAUGGAGAAGGAAAGUGUAUUUAAGUCUCUCCCUGACCCACAAAAAGUCUAUGAGCUAUUUGUGGAGGUAAGAAAGAAGUUUGGAGUGGAAUAAUUAAUAAUAAGAUGAGGCCAAAUAGUCAAACUACUGAAACUACAUGUUUGUUUGUUGGUUGUUGCACCUUUAAUAAUGUUUAUGUAAGAAAAUGGCACUUAGAUGAGGCAA